CCUCUGGAACAGCAGUCCACGCACAGGCUGUUCUUGCAGAGGCAGUGCAGGCAGAGUUGAGUUGGGAGCUCACUUGGACUUGCACACUUCUGAAAGCUACUACCCCUACCCUGUGAGGUCCUGAUCCUAACCUGACUUCAUACUGCUCCAGCAAGCACUGGUGAGGUCACAGAUAGAGUCAUUAGAUAUACUGCAAGCCUUCCAGAGGGAAAUCACCUGUGCCAUCUGCCUGCACUACCUUAUAGACCCAGUCACAAUAGGCUGUGGACACAGCUUUUGCAGGCCCUGCCUUUCUCUCUCCUGGGAAGGAGCCCCAAAUCCUGCCCACUGCCCAGAGUGCAGAGAACCAUCAUGGCAGAGAAAGUUCAAAACCAAUAUUGUUCUGAAGAAUCAGGUGUCCGUUGCCAGAAAAGCCAGUCUCUGGCAGUUCCUGAGCUCUGAGGAACAAAUGUGUGGAACCCACAGGAGAAGAAGAAGAUGUUCUGUGAAGUGGACAGGAGCCUGCUGUGUUCGCUCUGCUCUAACUCCCAGGAGCACGGAGCUCACAGACACUGUCCCAUUGAAGGGGCAGCUGCGGACCAGCGGGCUAAACUCGAAAAGCAAAUGAGAUCUUUAUGGGACAAGAUCCAGGAAAAUCAGAGGAACCUGAGAGAGGGACAAACAAUGAUUAACCAUUGGAUGGAAUAUGUGCUUCUAGUGAGAAAAAUGACCAGGACCGAAUAUGCAGAGCUUCACCCAGUUCUCUAUAAGGAAGAAGAACAACAUUUGGAGGAACUGGAAAGGGAGAGCUGGAAUAUCCUUCAGCAACUCAAGAGAAGUGUGGCCCAAAUAAAUCAAAAGCAGAAACAACUAAAGGAAAUGCACGAGGAACUGAUGGGCAUGUGCCACAAACCAGAUGAGGAGCUGCUGCAGGAUUUGGGAGCCCUACUGAUGAGGAGGGAGUCUGUGCAGCUGCACAUGCCCCGGCCUGUGCAUCCAGAGCUCAGCGUCAGAGCCAUGACUGGACUGAUGGACAGAUACAGCCGCUACUGGGUGGAGAUUUCUUUCCACAAUGAAGUAAGCAAUCAGCACAUCAGGCUGUUUGACUAUUUGAGAGACUUCACAUUUAGAUCUCACAGUCAAGAUCAGUCUUUGAAUCCUGAGAAAUCUAACUAUUUUGCUGCUUGGGGAGACCAGGUCUUCACUGCUGGGAAGUAUUACUGGGAGCUGGAUAUGGACGACUCUCGGGACUGGGCUCUAGGGGUCUCUAGAGAUUACCCGAUACGCAGACUUGGCACAAUGCUUGUAUCUGGGGACAUGUUUCUUCUUGCAUGUGUGAGGCACGAUAAUCAGUACACUCUCUGGACAACCUCCCCAGCGAUUCCUCAGUUUGUAGAGAAACCUGUGGGCCGGGUUGGUGUAUAUCUUGAUUUGCAGAGUGAGAGUGUGAGUUUUGUGAACGUUGCCAAGAGUUCCCUCAUAUGGAAGUGCUGCGCUGGCUCCUUGUGUUUCCCUGUCAGGCCUUUCGUUAUCACUGGACACAAAUGA